GCUAAGGACACGCAUUAGGGAAAAAGGGAGGCUAGAAGAAAAGAAAUAUCUAAUUAGAGAUAGAGAGAAGACGGAAGGUGGCUGAGAGAGGGCCAGAGUCAGGACCGAGUCAGGACACAGGAAAGGGGUCAAGGAAGCUCAAGCAAGAAGCAGAAGUUCUGUAGGUUUCAGAGAGUGGACAGAAUUUUUUAUUUAUUUUUUUCCCCUUUUUUUUUACUUUUUGGAGUAAAGGUGACAGACCCAGAAAAGAGAGGAGAGACAGCGCACGGAGAUCCCACUCACUAUUGGUCUCUGCUGGAUAUGGGGCUGGUUCGAGGGCUCAUCAUGAUCCCAUUUUGGAUGAGGGUGUCCUGCAUACUCCUCCUAACUGCUGGAAGAGAAGGGAGAAUUUACAACGGGAGGAAGAAGCCGCCAGCACUGACAGCACAGAGAAUGCGUUCUGGACCUCAUGUGUGUUUUUCAGCUAUGGGAAGUGGGUGUUGUCCAGGUUGGACAGUAUCUCCAGGCACUGGACUUUGCCUCCAGCCUCUGUGUGCUUACGGCUGUGGCAGCGGGUUCUGUAUCGCCCCCAAUGUGUGUUCCUGCAGAGAUGGCCAUCAAGGCAUCACCUGUACUGAUCAUUAUAUCAUUGAACGAGAACUGGAAGAUAAAGGUUAUUCUCUUACCUGUCUAUCUGCAAUGUGCGAACAAGGCUGUGCAGUUAUCAAUGGCGCCACUGUGUGUAGCUGCUUCCAUGGUUACUCUCUUGGAAAAGAUGGUAAAAGCUGUUAUGAUGUUGAUGAAUGUUCUCGACCUCAAGCCUCAAGUCUUUGCCAACAGCAAUGUAAGAACAACGUAGGAAGCUACAGAUGUCUGUGCUAUUAUGGAUAUCAGAUUUCUCCCAAUGGCCGCUCAUGCGUGCCUAUAAAGCACCCCAACACAAUUGCUGCUUCUGCCCCAUGCGGAGAAUACGGCUGUGAGUUAAGUUGUAACGAUGGCGGCUGUGAACACAUCUCCAGGGUUUGUCCUAUUGGAUUCAGAAUGACAGAGACAGCUAAUGGAGUGACCUGCGCAGACAUUGACGAAUGUGCAGCGUCUUCCUGUAAAGGGACAUGUCUCAAUACUGAAGGCGGGUACAUGUGUGACUGCAGUCCCGGGCUAAAGCUGGCUGCUGAUAGGAGCACUUGUAUAGAUAUUGAUGAGUGUUCGGUUCAUAGAUCUAUUUGUCAGCACAGAUGUAAAAAUGUUCACGGGAGUUACAGGUGUUUGUGUGGAGCUGGGUUCACCCUACUGAGCAAUGGACACACCUGUGCAGACAUCAAUGAAUGUCGCCGACCAGGAACUUCCCAUCUUUGUCAACACUUCUGCCACAACACACAAGGAAGUUUCUUCUGUUCCUGCCAAAGCGGCUUUGCUCUUAGUUUGGACAGAAUGUCUUGUGUUGAUGUGAAUGAAUGCCUGCAGAAUACCACCCUUUGCUCCUCUGGCAGCUGCAUCAAUACUCUAGGGUCUUAUAUCUGCUCCUGUCCUGCUGGGUUUCUGUCCAUCAAUGGUGGUUGUACAGCAAUUGAAUUGCAGACGGUUGGCUUUCUACAGGCAGUGCACAAUUUACCACAGAUUAAGCCAACAUACCCAUCACCAAUAAUCCUUGGCACACCUGUAAUCACUGCCCCCCAGACUACCAUAGCCACCACUAUCCUAGCAGAGACCUCCACCACAAUGCCUACCUCAAAACCACAAGCUGCAACAGACAAUCUGGAUCCUUUGCCGCCACCUCAACAUCUCAAAACGGGUCAUUCGCCAUUAGCUCAAAAAUCCUCAGGGAUCUCUCAUAUGCCAAUGCAAGAACAUAUAUUAUUCCCGACUGGAGCUCCAACUACCCUGCAGACAAAUCUACACUGCUGGCACAACAAAGAAUUACAACAGACGGGAAGCUCAUGGACCGAGGAAAAAUGUAUGGAUUGCACUUGCCAGGAAGGUACCGUAUCCUGUGAAAGAAGAAUAUGUGGCCCAAACUGCUCACAUCCAGUCCUGCACCCAGACAGCUGCUGUCCUACAUGUGAUGGGUGCUUCUUUGAAGGGUCCUCAAGAGCAGAUGGAGAACUGUUCACCAACUCCUCUGAUAACUGUACAAUAUGUAUUUGUUUGGCUGGAAAUAUCACCUGUAUUCCUCCCGUGUGUCCACCUGUUUCAUGCGCUGAGCCUCUCAUGUCAGAUUGCUGCUUGCAGUGCCCAGAUGGGUGUGAAUUCCAAGGAAACUUUUAUCCGCACGGUGCCAAGUUUAGCCGGGAUGAGAAUGGAUGCACCUCCUGUCUGUGCCAGAAUGGAGCAGUAGAGUGCUCAUUUGUCCCGUGUCCCAGCUUAGAAUGCCCGAGAGAGGAUUGGGUGCUGGAGGCUGGAGAGUGCUGCUUCAAAUGCCAGGAGCUGCUACAACACACAGGAUGCCCAUUUGAUGAUAAUGGAAUUGAGAUUCCUAUCGGGCAGAUCUGGUCACCUGGAGAUCCCUGUUCCAUCUGCAUUUGCCAGGCAGACGGCUCCAUUGUGUGCAAGAAGACAGAUUGUGUGGAAACAUGUCCUCACCCUAUCAUGGUACCAGGACAGUGCUGUCCUGACUGUUCAGCAGGUUGCUCUUACGGAAGGAAGACCUAUAGGAAUAACGAAAGCUUCCCUUCAUACCCGAAUCCCUGCCUUACGUGUAUUUGUUUGGUGGGUACUGUUGCUUGCUCGCCUAUUGAAUGUGCGCCCACCUGCACUUACCCUUUCCAUGAUGAAGGAGAAUGCUGCCCUGUAUGUCGAGAUUGCACAUACGAUGGAAGGAAAGUACUAAACAGGCAGACUUUUUCACUGGAAAGCGAACCUUGUACCAAGUGCACUUGUCAGGACGGUGAGGUACAAUGUGAGUCCAUCUCCUGUUCCAUCUCCUGCUCCCAUCCGUAUACUUUUCCUGGAGAAUGCUGUGCAACCUGUGAAGAAUGCGCCUUUGAAGAACAUGUUCUGGAGAAUGGAGGAUCCUACAUGCUGAAGGUGGAUCCAUGUGUUGUAUGUCAUUGUUUUGCUGGAAAUGUUCAUUGUGAAGAAAGGGAAGGUUCUUGCACACCGUGUGACCAGAAGUUUCAGGAUUGUCUGAAUGAAGUCCCAGGCUCUUUCCACGUUAAGCAGUUGCAAUUCUCCCAGCAAGAUACAAUAGUACGAAAAGACCACUUUCCAGUGAAGUUACUGAGUGUGACCGACCCACCCCCACCUAGCCGACUGUCCUUAAGCUUAAAACUGAUGUCAAGGAGUAGCUCUAUGACUGCAUCCACCGCCACGGCUCUUUCCAGUUUUGUUUCUCAAACAGAGGUCCCAAGUCAACACUCUUUUUAUCAUAAAAAACAGAAUGACCAUGACAAACCUCCUCAAAACCUCAAAUCAAUGUCUCUACAAUCUGAACUAAAAUCAGAUGUUGAGCCAGAUAUAAAGGUUGAACCAAUAUCUCAUGGUGACCUCAUGAAAACUAAUUAUGUGUCUGUUUCUACCUCAGCUGUAUUUUCUACUCAGUCUGUUGCCUUCUCAGGUACCACCAGAAGACCUUUGCUUUCAGCAAGUCACUUUACCUCAAAGAUUUAUGAUCACAUUGUUACCAUUCUACACCCUAAUGGCCUGUCUCAAGGAUCUUCUGAGCCAUCUGUUUUACCAUCAUCUUCCACUAGUUCCUUUCAACAAUCAGCACAGGUUUCCAUGCUUACAACCUACUCUGGAGCUUCUGUCAGAGAAGAAGAGCUUCGUGAAUCUUUAAAUAAUUUUGAUUGCUUGCUAAAUGACCGAAUAUUCACCAAUGGCUCUGUCUACAUUGCUGACUUGGACUACUGCCUGCAUUGUGAAUGUCUGGUAAAACUCAGCCUACAAAGAGGCUCCAAUAAUCAACCAUAAUAGCAGAGACAUAACUUCAUGGGUUCUCCCAGUGCAGUACUAUUGUCCCUGGUAUCUAGUGGGUUAAUAAUGCUAUCUCUGGUGCCCAGGGGUAUACCUUGAAGCUCCAGUGCCCCAAUGCAAAGCCAGUAGCAGGGAGCCCCUCACAUAGCAUGUGUUUGGUGUCUUCAUAUGUCGUAGCAUGGUCUUUACGCCCAGAUGCAAUAGCCACCACAUCUCCCCCUAUAGAUACGCCCUACAUACCGGUCCAUAAACAUACACAUUAAUCGGUCUCAAGAGUAGGGAUCAAACAUCAUGUGUGCUUGUGUCUGAAUGUUAAUGUUACUUACAAACUUUAACUGUUAUCUAGGCAAGACGUUCAGCUUCAGAGAAAUGUUGCAUUACUUGGCAGCUUAUAAAGUGGCUCUGGCUUACAGCAUGGCUCUAUUCUGGUCCUAAACCUUCUGGGUGGAAAUUCUCUGAUUGGGUUGUCCACUUUGUACAAGAAGAAGUCGCAAAAUAUGGACCAUAUCACUGCUAAGAUCCCCAAUGAUCAGUUCCAAUCUGUGAAGAACCUGACAGCAAGUGUCCCCUUCCCCUGCAUCACCACCAUAGGAGAUAAGAAGAAAUACACAGUUUACAUCUAAAACCAUGGGCUGUAUGUCUUAUAGGAAACCAUCUUUGUAUCUACUCUCUGAUGAGGUUCCUGAUUAGACAAAACUCCCUCUUAACUCUGAAUUCACUAAUAUUGUGUUUGACGUGUAUUUCUAAAGCAGACAGCCUCUUUACUGAUCCAGUCACAAAAGAUAAUUUGUGCUGAGCAAAGCAGUUCGGUCCAAAGUUGAGCAAAACUUAGAUUCGCAACUAAUCCAAAUUUCGGAAUUUUGAAUUUCAGUUUUUCCUAAAAUGGCAUCUGCAUGUUACAAAGUGAAAGUAAGAAGCCUGGGAACCUGA